UAAGAGUAAACUGUCGUUGCUCUUCCGAUACAUUCUUGAAGCAUUAAUCACUGAGAACGGUCAACGUCUCAAUUCACUACUGAAAAUUUGCCCGCGACAGGAAUUUAGGACAAAUUUCGAAACAGACGCUCUGUAAAGGCCGGCCCUACAUAAACUACGGCCAGCACGUUGUGAGCAAAAGGUUAAUUGCCUUGUGCUGCACUAAGAUGAAAUUUGAAGAUGUUUAUGAGGUAAAGGAACUAAUUGGAAAGGGAUCUUUCGCGGAGGUAAAGAAAUGUGUUCAUCGGAAAACGCUACAGCUGUUUGCAGUCAAAGAAAUCCACUACAUCAAUGCAGAGGAGAGGGAGAAAGUCGAAAAGGAGUCGGAGGUUUGUAUGCUUUGAUAUUGGCCCAGUGGAGAAGGGAUUUAGCAAAAGGUAUCGAGUUAAGGGCGAUGCGAUGCUUUGAAAGUAAAACGCGCGGUUUUUAUGGUUGAGUGAGUGCAUAGCAAAAACGAUUGAUUAAGCCCUGGCUAUAAAGAGUAGCGGGACUGAGAAUAAAUUUAAUCAGUGUUCAGGGCUGUGAAAAGGGUGAUCAUGCUGCAUAGAUUACUUGUCUGAGGACUUAGAGCGUCUGUAAUUAAACAAAUCCACUCAAAGGAGUCAUUUUGAUCACGGUUAUGUUUGUUUUCAAACCAAUUCUUCUAUAACUUAGUGCUGUAACCGUAAGUUUCUGAUUUCAGUUGGCAAUAAAUGUUAGACUAUUAUAUAAAAGGAAAAGUAUUUUUUUUUCUCAAUAUUCUGGAUCGUUCAAUAUAAUUUGAAUAUUUCUUAAUAAUCAACGGUUAUGUGGCAUAUCAAAUAUUUUAACAUCAACCAAUAGUCUAAAAAGGAAGUCCUGCUUCAUUACUUCUAGCAAUGACAUGAACCAAAACCUGCACCCAGAACUGAACUGCUAAGAAAAUACAGCUUUAUAAUGUCAUCAGAAUUUCGGUUAUAAUUUAAACUUUAGGUUAAUUUACUGAGUUGUCUUUCAAUGUAUAUGAUAUCUCGGGUUGAAUUCGUGAAUUCGCUAUUCAUAUAACAAUAUAAUUAAACAUGCGUUUUAAAAACUAAUUAUGUAGAAUCUGGUAGGCUUAAAUUUGGGGCCUUAAAAACCCUAUGUUAUAAUAAACAAGUUCUUAUUUUGAAAUAAAAAUACACACUUCAGCAUGAAAGAAAAACUUUAAGUUUAUAAGGCAAUCGCCAAAUUUACUGUAAAGUAUAAAACAUUUAUGUACUCUCUUGACUCAAAAUCUUUUUCUCUACUAAGGACUAAGGUUUGGACCAGCCUAUAUUACGUUUUCAAAACACGUUUCUCAUUUUUGGAUUUGAGAUUAUUACCCAAUUAACACGAUACGUUAGCUGGAUUGUUUUACGACUUCCGCCGGGUCUUGAUGGUAUACAAAAGAUCGUCCAAUACUUUUGGCUUGCUAAUACUCUUGUUGCCAAAUUAUCGCUCAAUAAAAAUACUUCUUUUCACGGCACAAACACAAUUAACAAUGCGUCUUUUUUCUACUUCAAAAAUGGCUUUGGCUUUUGAUUUCCUCUACAAAGAGACCUCUUGACCGUUGCGCUGCUUUUCAAAGUGGUGUUAAUGGUCUACUAUCUCAUCAGCAUGAAAAGCCGGUUAAUGAAAUAUUUUCGAUCGGGCGAGUAGUUAAAAUCGGUCUGGAACUGAUUUUUUUCAAUAAAAUUACCGUAAAAACCCGAGACUACUCAAGGACUUGGAUUUUCCUAAGUUACUCAUAAACAGGUUCUUACAUAAAUUUUAAUUAGCACAAAUUUUUAGGCUGUUUAGGGUCUUAAAGAGGUUCUUAUUUUCAGGAGGAUAAACUCAGCUCAUUUCUUUAAGUAAAACCUGAAACCAUUACAAUUACAGUUGGAGUGAUAAGGCACUGUGUCUCCAAAGAGGAUCCUGAAUGUUGAUAUAUCUUUUUGUCCUAGAGUACAGAAUUUUUUUUUAAGGAUUUUAGAAAAUAAGAACCUGUUUCAAAUUUUAGGCAAAACGGGUUCUUGUAUAGACUAGGCCCAACUGGCAAAUUUUUCCCCAAAGGUUAUUAAAAACUAGGUCAGUUCUUAGUGGCGGGUUUUACUGUACUCUUUGCCCAAAUUACAUUUAUGGAUUACUUUUACUGUCAUUACAGUGAUAUUAACAGGGCAGGGCCCAAUAUGAGGUCUCAACGAAGAAAACUUUGUUCCCGGAACAAAUGAUUUCGGAUACCCAUGAAUGGAAUACUUGCUCUGUUCUCAGGCUUUCUUUUCGUUCGUUAUAACACGGAAAAGUGCAAACUUGCUUCGCGAUAUUGUGACAUUUAAUUUUUCUUUUCUUCGGGGCACGGUUUUCUUUCCCUUUGUGAUAUUUGGCUUUUGUUGUCUCAGUGUAUAUUAAAACACUUGCUUGAUCAGAUCAGAUGCUGGACAUAAGCUAGCCUGCGUGGCAGGCGUUCGAAAGGGAAGGGGAAGGGAAUUAGAGCCCGCUAGACAUAAGCAUGAAUAACUCUUCGCUGCAUUUUCUCUUUCUUUCCCGGUCUGGAAUUCCCAGCUGUUCCAAAUGGCCUGUCAACAUUGACCCCAAUGCCCCAACUUUAUACCACUGGUCCAGUGGUGCUUCAAUAACGAAGAGCCAGCGGACUGACAAUUAAUAUGUUUGUUAUAAUAUAACGAGGUUUCGAUAAAUCGAAUUUUGUUUUUCAUAUCACUAUUUUUCUAUUACUGGGGUUAAAAAAAAUAGUUCGUUAUACCGAGGACUUCGCUAUAUUUUUUACAUGAGGCAGAGAUUGAGGUUCCACUGUACAACUCUGGUCUUUGUAUUCCACAAACUCUUAAACUAUCUUGCCAGGACUUGAUACUUCACUUGCUCUUCCAUUCCUAUGGUCGUUUUCACACCUGUUAGCCGAUGGGUGCCAGACAACAAAUGGUUGCUUAAGGUGACCUAUGGUAAAGCAAGACUCCCCGAUGACAUGCAUAUUCCUCAGCGAUCCAACACCUUUAUUUUUAUUGGAAUUCUUGAGGUGCCCAGAAUACCACAGGUGUAGCCACGCUAAUGAUGAUAGUGAUAAUAAUGACCAUGAUGAUGACGAUGUAUUAUGAUUUAUUAUUAUUAUUAUUAUUAUCAUUAUUAUUAGUACUAUUUUAUGGGGGCGAUAUUCCUGGACACUAUUUAUGAAACUAUAUCAUACUUAUAAGUAUGAUGAGGCAGUGUAGGCAACACUUAAGUUUCAGUAAAUAGUCGGAAAGCUUUCAGUACAAAACACAUAUAUUUGUAGCUUUUAAAGAUAAAGCAGCUCAGAGACGUGAAUAUCGUCUGCUCUACCUGCAGAUUCUGGAAAGGCUUGAUCACAUGAGCAUAGUUCGUCUGGAGCAGGUGUUUUAUGCUGAAGGAAAAGUGCUAAUGGUGUUAGAGUAUCUUCCUGGCGGGGAUUUGUUUGACGGCCUGGUGUCGAGACCUCAUUACAGCGAGAAAGAUGGAUGCGCUUGUGCUCGACAAAUCAUAAUGGCAUUAAACUACCUCGCCAGAAAGGGAGUCAUUCACAGGGUAAGAAAAUAAUAAAUCAUAGCUAAGAAUUACUUUAUCAUUAUCGUAAUUAUGGUUGCAAUGAGGUGCACGAGAUUUUUAUGAGUCUCUUUAGUUCAAACGCUUUAAAGAUAUCAUGGAUCUCAGUAAGUAGACUGAAGCGUUCUGAACUGCUUCGUCGAAACUCUCGCGGGAGCAAGCCAUCGUUCCACCUUUCGCGUAUCAUCACAGGCUCAGUUUUGUAAAGCAAAUCGCUCCCAAAUUGAUGCGUCUGUGUGGUUCAACUGGAUAAAACCGGUCUUAAAACCUGUUUAUCACGUUUCUACCUCCAAGAUUUUGGAGGUGACUAAAGAGCAUGCUCAUCGGAAACCAUAAGCGGCCUGCUGCAGAGGUUUCUCAACGGGGUGUAAACAAAAAGGAAGUUUAACAUGCCACUACGGCCACGGUAACGAGAACGUCAAAGAGAAAUGGUUAAGAUUAGCAAAACAGCACUGCACGUGCAUCACGUUUUUUGUACAUUUCUUUACCGUGACCGCACGACUACGACGUGAGUUGCCUAAUUUCACGUUUUAUCGACAACGUGAACAGACGACGACGAAUCUCUCUUACUCUUUUUAUAAACUUGGAUAUAUAUAUUUUUUAAGAAUUCAACUCCAGGAGAGUUCGCCUACAUAAUUCAUAGUGACCGAGUUGGGAUAAUCGCGCUAAGGUUUCAUAGAUCGCGAAGUCACUGUUUAAACUUCGUUUUUGUCGCCGUCGCCGUCUUGGUAUCUUAAAAGAUAGAGAGCAUAAGCAACUACGACGGCGACGUCAAUGAGAACGGCAAUGACGUAACAGGUUUCUGAUUGGCUAAACAACAACUUUGCACGUGAAUCACGCUUUUAUGUACAUUUCUUUGCCGUUGUUGUACGACUACCACGUGAAAGUGUCUAAUUUCACGUUUUGUCGAGGAAGGGAACAUGAGACAACAACUUUCCUUUUCUUUUCCUGAACUUUGAUACAGUCCUUUAGAAUUCAACUCCAAAAGAAUUUGCCAGCAAUUCAGUGAAGAAUUAAACGAGAUGGAAUAUGCGCGGUAAAGUUUGAGGCCGCGCAAAUUCACUUUUUAAGUGACGUUUUCGCAGCAGUCGCCGUCAUCGUUGCUUAAGUUACCUAAACUCCCCUAACCGACUACGCGACAGACAAGCAACGCGAACGACUUUGUAAAUGUUAAAAGCCAUGCAAGAGAGAAACUCCUGCUGGCAGGGUAAUGUGGACAAAACGUUAAGAAAUAAUCGCUCGCCUGCUAUAGUGCAGUCACCUAGGCUUGCGUUACUUCAAUCGGUGCCUCUCAGUUGCAAUGACGAUAAGUUUUCGUUUAGACAGCAGUGUACGCUGGUAAACACGAGGGAUUAGAUUUAACACUAAACUUUCUUUUUGCAGGAUUUAAAGCCAGAAAAUCUUCUGUUAGCCGAGAAGCCUUCGGA